AUGUCGACCACAACCACCACCAACACCAAGACAGAGGGUGCCUCUGGGCCCCUCAAGCUGUCCCUCGCCUACGACGAGAAGCUUCACGAGGAGUACAAGUACGCUGCCUAUCUCCCGGUCUACGACGAAAAGACGACUUUCCCGCCCCUCAAGCCGUUUGCCUUCCACGACCGCGGCCUCGUCGCCAACAAGGCCAAACCCAACCUGCUGCCCACCGACCCGGCCGCCGGCGUCACCGCCACGCGCCUCACCCCGGCCAUUGGCACCGAGAUCCGCGGCCUGCAGCUGUCCGCCCUGACGGACCUGCAAAAGGACGAGCUCGCCCUGCUCAUUGCCGAGCGCGGCGUCGUCAUCUUCCGCGACCAGGACUUCAAGGACGCCGGCGUCGAGGCCCAGAAGCAGUUUGCCAGCUACUUUGGCCCGCUGCACAUCCACCCCGUCGGCGCGCACGUGAAAGACAACCUGGAGAUCCACAACAUCUACCUCGGCCCGGACAACGAGUACCGCACGCGCCAGCGCGACAACCGCCUGACGACCACGGGCUACCACUCGGACGUGUCGUACGAGCACCAGCCGCCCGGCAUCACCAUCCUGACGCUGCUGAGCGUCCCGCCCGUCGGCGGCGACACGGCCUGGGCGUCGGCGACGGCGGCGUACGAGCGGCUGUCGCCGCCGAUCCGGACGCUGCUGGAGGGCCUGCGCGCCGAGCACAGCGGGUUCCCGCAGGCGGACAAUGCGCGGCGCGACGGCAAGCACGUGCGGCGGGAGCCGGUCACGUCGGAGCACCCGGUGGUGCGCGUGCACCCGGCCACGGGGCAGAAGUCGCUGUUUGUGAACCCGGGCUUCACGAAGCGCAUCGUCGGCCUCAAGAACGAGGAGUCGGACGCGCUGCUGCAGCUGCUGUUCAAGCACAUUACCUUUGGCCAGGACUUCCAGGUGCGCGUCCGGUGGGAGGAGGGCACGGUGGCGCUGUGGGACAACCGGGUGACGACGCACACGGCGAUUGCCGACUACAACGUGCACAACCCGCAGGAGGGUCUGCGCCAUGGCGUGCGGCUGACGACGCAGGCCGACAAGCCGACCGGCGUGCAUGGACUCGAGUCGACGUGGUAG